AUGAGCUCUUCUCUCAUCAUGCAUCAACACCAUCAAAUAACCUUCUCCCCUCCUCAUCAUGAGAUAAGCUCUCUCCAUAACCAUAAUCACAGCAAGAACAACAAUACUUCUAAUUCUUCUUCUUCUUCUUCUUCCUCCCCUCCACCUCCUCCAUUACCGCAGCUUCAAUCACAAGCUUCAAGGAUCGUCCAGAUUCCAGCAGACCAAGUCUACUGUAGAGUCUUGCCUCCUCCUCAUAAUAAUAACAUUUCUUCUUCUUCUGCAGAUCGCCAAAAUCCAUCUAACAAUGAUGAUGAUGAUGAUGAUGAUACCUCUCGUCGUCACAGAUCUAAAUGCUUCUCAUCCACCAGGUCACGUAUCUUCCUCAUCUUCAUCAUUUCUAUUCUUCUUCUCAUCAUUAUUGCUUGUAUAGUUUACCUCUCACUUAGCCCUAAAAGCCCCACCUUCAUCAUGGACAGUCUCUCUCUAAAACCAGAAAAUGGCAUAGUUACGUACAACUUGUCCAUGGAAGCUAGUAACCCUAAUAGUCAUAUAGGGUUUUAUUAUUUGGAAGGUGGGAGUGCUUCGCUUUCUCAUAACAAGCAAGAGAUAGCUCAUGGGACGCCUCCUGAGUUUUAUAAUGGAAAAAAGGAGACUAGGGUUUUUGACUUGCUGCUCAAUUCUUCGUGGGAAGCAUUGUCCGAGGUAUUAACAGAAACUAUUAUGAAGGAGAAUGAUAAUGCUGGUGAUGAUGAUAAAUAUUCAAAUGGGAAAGUUCCACUUGUGGUGUUCAUUCGCUUACCAGUGAAAAUAAAAGUGGGAAAAUUGAAGUUGUGGAAGAUGAAGAUGAAGAUCACCUGUGAUGUGAGUAUUUUUCUGUCAUCUUCACAGAAAAGUAAUGUGGAUUUAGAGCAUCACUAUUGUAAAAAUGCAAUACAUUGA